UGCUUGACCCACCUCAGCGAGUCCCUGGAGGACCCUUUGAGGAACUUGCAGAAUUGGACCAAAGCCACCUUCGCCAACCCCUGUCAGGGAUUCACCUCCUUCCUCCAGGGCGCCACCUGCAAUAAUGGCCGCAUCUACAAACUCUCUCUCCCAAACCUCUCUCUCAAGGGCACCAUCUCUCCCUACAUCUCCAACUGCACCAAUUUGCAGGCCCUCGACCUCUCCUCCAACUCCCUCACCGGCCCGAUUCCCCCUGACCUUCAGUACUUAGUCAAUUUGGCCGUCCUCAAUCUCUCCUCCAACCGCCUCUCCGGCCCGAUUCCCCAGCAAUUGGCCUUGUGCGCUUAUUUGAACGUCAUCGAUCUCCACGAUAACCGGUUCUCAGGCCCUAUUCCACAGCAGCUCGGGCUUUUGGUAAGGCUCUCGGUUUUCGAUGUGUCGAACAACAAGCUUUCCGGGCCCAUACCCGCUUCCUUGAGUAACCGGAGCCGGAACUUGGCCCGCUUCAACGCCUACGAAGGGUACCCUUUGCCGCCGUUGAGGAGUAGAGGGCUCUCGAUUCUGGCCAUUGUGGGAAUCGGGCUGGGGAGCGGGCUCGUGAGCUUGGUGCUCAGCUUCACUGCGGUUUGUAUUUGGUUGAGAAUCACUGAGCAGAAAUUGGAAAAUGAGGACGGCAAAAUCAGUCAGCUCAUGCCUGAUUAUUGAGAGACUGAUUAUUUUCGCAAUUAUACUGAAAUUCAAAUAGUUUUAGAGUAGUAAUUUUGCAGGUACGUUGUGUGUUGUGUUCCUCUGUUUUUUUCCUCCUCCUUUCCAUCUUUUUUUAGUUUGUAGUAUUCUUUUUCUUGAUAAUUAUUAUUGUUCAGUAAAAAUGUGUAUAUAAUUGAAUGAAGUAAUUACAUUAUGAGUUUGCAGGUACGU